ACUGCUACUGUCCAUAUUUGAAAGCUGAGAGCUCUAUUAACAUUCAAAAACCGCCUAAUGAUUGUAAAUUUGGAUCAAAUCUAAAUCCAAUGAAUAAUCUACUUGCUGCUCUUCUCAUCACCUCCAUCUUCUUCACCGUUUUCGUGCAUUCAGCAACAGAUGCCUCAAACCGCGAUGCUGCAAUUUUGCUCCGACUCAAGGAGAAUCAACAUCUCCAAGACCCGCUCGGAUCGCUCCACGACUGGCUCCAGACCUCUCCCAACGCACCAUGCAAUUGGACCGGUGUUUCUUGCAGCCGCGGCGCCGUCGUUGCCUUGAACCUCCGCAGCCUCGGCAUUGCUGGCGAUUUUCCGGCGGAAUUUUGCCGGAUUUCCACGCUCCGGAGUCUCGACCUCUCUGAUAACAGCCUCGGCGGGUAUAUCAGUUCCGAUUCGAUUGCUCUGUGCUCGCAUCUUUCCGCACUCAAUCUCUCUGCCAAUUACUUUGUCGGUGACCUGCCUGGUUUCCCGGUGGAGUUUCUCAAUCUGACGGUGUUGGAUUUUUCACUCAACAACUUCUCAGGUGAAAUUCCGGCGAAUUUUGUUAACUUGCGAAGGCUCCAGUUUCUCUCACUUGGUUCGAAUCUACUCAACGAGUCAGUACCCGAGUUCCUGUCCGAGUUAACUGAGUUAACUCAGUUGAUCCUGGCGGUAAAUCCUUUUCGGCCGAGUCCUCUGCCGAGAAACAUCGGACGCCUGGCGAAGCUCGAGUUCCUGAUGGCAACAAUGGCGAAUCUCGAAGGUCAGAUUCCUGAAUCCAUCGGAAAUCUAAGUUCUAUGAAAAUCUUCGACGUUUCGCACAACAAUUUGGUCGGAGAAAUUCCGAAGAGCAUUGGCGGAAUGAGAAAUGCGGAACAGAUCGAGUUGUUUCAUAAUCAUCUCUCCGGCGAAAUUCCGGAUGCAUUCUCCGGUCUAACUUCGUUGCUGCGUUUUGACGCGUCGGAGAACAAUCUGAUUGGGAAAAUCCCCCAGAGUCUGGCGGCGCUGCCGCUGGAGUCGUUCAAUCUGAACGACAAUCAGUUAGAAGGUGAAAUUCCGGAGAUUUUAGGUUUAAAUCCGAAUCUGAAUCAGCUGAAGCUAUUCAAUAACAAACUUUCGGGAUCUCUGCCGGAAUCAUUGGGCAUGAAUUCCGAUUUGGCAGAAAUCGACGUUUCCGGCAACAAUUUGGAAGGUCCGUUGCCCCAAAACUUGUGUUACAGAAGGAAUCUUCAGAGUUUGAUAGUAUUUGGGAACAGAAUCUCGGGCUCAAUACCUGAUGAUUAUGGUAAAUGCAGCUCGCUAUCGUACGUCCGUGCUCAAAACAACGAGCUCUCCGGAGUUGUACCUGAUGAUUUCUGGGCUCUCGAUCUCUAUCACAUCGAGUUCACCAACAAUAAAUUGGAAGGCAGUAUUCCACCAUCUGUUUCAAAUGCAAAAGGCCUCGAGCAGCUAUUGAUAUCCGGCAACAAUUUCUCAGGAAAUUUGCCUGCAGAAAUCUGCCAUUUGAAGGAGUUAAGGAAAAUCUACAUGAGUGGAAAUAGCUUCUCCGGUGAAUUGCCUUACUGUAUUAACCAGUUCACAAAGUUGCUGGAGCUCCACAUGCGCGGAAACAUGUUUUCCGGCGAGAUUCCGGGAAGGUUAGCAGCGUGGAGGGAGCUAACGCAGUUGGAUUUGUCGAGUAACCAUCUCUCUGGCAAUAUUCCGGCGGAAUUGGGAACUUUGCCAGUGUUAACCUCGCUGAAUCUUUCCAACAAUAUGCUGUCUGGUGGAAUUCCGGAGGAGUUAUCUAAGUCUACAAUAAACCAGCUCGAUAUCUCGAACAAUCAGCUUCAAGGCAGAGUGCCGGUUGGUAUGGACACCAAGUUUUAUCUGCCUAGACUUCUUGGGAAUGCAGAAUUGUGCAGUAUGAAUCUCAAAGAACUUCCAUCAUGUUCAAGAUCGAAGCCAACGAGUUUGGUGCUAGUGGGAGUUCUCUCAUCUCUUGCAUUUGUACUCGUUGUCUCACUUGUUUGGCUCUUGAUCAAGAACAGGAAAUUUAUAGCUCUAGGUUGCAGAAACAAGCAGUCUUGGAAGAUCACAUCAUUCCAGAAGAUCCGGUUUAGUGGGGAGGAGGUUCUGUUCUCAUUGACCGAUCAGAAUCUUGUUGGCUCGGGGGGAUCAGGCCGGGUGUAUCGCGUGAGGCUGAAGAGUGGAAAGAUGGUUGCUGCUAAGCGGCUCUGGGAGGCGAAGGGGCUUGCAGAAUCCGUGUUCCAUUCGGAGAUGGAAACAUUGGGAAGAAUUAGGCAUGUUAACAUAGUGAGGUUGUUGUUUAGCUUUGUAGGUGACAAGUGCAAGGUGCUUGUGUAUGAUUACAUGGAGAAUGGGAGUUUAGGUGACGUUCUGCACGGGGAUAAAGGGGGGUUGUUGCUGGACUGGCCGACGAGGUUUUCCAUUGCGAUUGGGGCUGCUCAGGGGCUUGCGUACUUGCACCAUGACUGUGUGCCUCCGAUUGUGCACAGAGAUCUCAAGCCCAACAACAUCCUGUUGGACGAGGAGUUGAGGCCGAGAGUGGCUGAUUUUGGGCUGGCCAAGAUACUGAACAGGGAUGCAGACGAGGAAGAUGGAGCUAUGUCCCGUGUGGCCGGAUCUUAUGGGUACAUUGCACCAGAGUACGGGUACACUAUGAAAGUGACGGAGAAGAGUGAUGUGUAUAGCUUCGGAGUAGUGUUGCUGGAACUAGUAAGUGGGAGGAGGCCCAACCAUGAGAACAAGAACAUCGUGAAGUGGGUAAGGGAGGUUGCAUCGUCAUCGUCUGCAGAGGGUUUGGAAGAGGUGUUAGACUCGAGGAUGGAUGCUUCGAUGAUUGAAUACGAUCAAGUGGAGAAGGUGCUGAAUGUGGCUCUGCUGUGUACUGCUGAGCUGCCCAUCAAUAGGCCAUCCAUGAGAAGGGUUGUUGAAUUGCUCAAGGAUCAUAACACUCAAGGCAUCUAAUCAAACUGUAGCACUUGUAUUGUAUUAGUACUACAAGAUUUUGUAAUUUUCAGUUUCUGUACAUUAGGGAAGAAGCAGAAAUGUUGUGUAAAAAUUUGAAUUUUGUUUCCAGGCAUAAGUGUUUGGAAAAUAGAAUUUGUAAAUGAGGCAUAGUUAUCGAAGUACGUAGAUGUUGUAUCAAACUCUCAUCUAUAAAAUACUUCAUCAUCGCUCUCA